CCUGGACAAUGAGUUUGCAGAAUUCUUAAUCCUACUGAAACAAAUUCCGAUGCACAUUCCAUUCCUCGAUGUUGCGACUCAAAUCCCCAAGUAUUCAUAGUAGUUGAAGAACUUGUUAACCAAGAAUGAGAAAUUGGGGGAGAUCUCAACUUUUGAGCUCAAUGAAAUGAGCUCCCUUUCACUUCAGAGUAAACUUCCAGAGAAGAAGAACAACCCAGGAGUUUCACUUUACCUUGCAUGAUUGGUGAUUUCUUGUUUAAGAGAUGUUUAGCCGAUUUAGGAGCUAGUAUUAAUGUUAUACCUUAUCAAGUUUUUAAUAAGUUAGAUAAAAGUGAACUAGCCCCUACUCACAUGACUAUAUGUUAGCUAAUAGGUACAUCGUUCUUCCUAAGGGCAUGAUUCAGGAUUCAAUUGUCAAGGUCGAUUGCUUUACAUUUCCAUCUGACUUUGUUAUUCUUGAUAUGCCUGGAGAUAUAGAUGCCCCUCUCAUCCUCGGUCGGCCAUUCCUAGGUACUUCCAAGUCUGUUAUUAAUGUGCACAAUGGUAAACUAACACAAAGAUUAGGGGAUGAGGAGAUCACUUUCUCGAAUCAAGCUAGUGCACACACUAAAGAAGGAUGUGAUGAGUUACAUUUCUCAGAAGAUUUACCUUAUUUAUAUGGUGUACUUGCUUCUCUAUGCCAUGAGUCUAAUGACCCUCUUGAACAAUGUCUUGUACUAGGAACUGAAUUCGCACUGGAGAUGAAUCUCAAUGAGCAGCUGAAUGCCUUAGAAAAUGAAGGCGAUCAAAUGGCAGAUAAAGAGACGAAGCCUCUACCUGAAAUACCCCAGGUCGCACGCUCAUUCGAAGAACCACCGAGCCUAGAAUUAAAGCCUCUACCUGAACACCUUGAAUAUGCCUUCUUAGGGGAGGACUCAAAACUCCUGGUUAUCAUUAAUGUGAGACUCAAGGAUGAGCAAAAGACAACAUUUAUUCAGCUUUUACGGAAACAUGAGAAGGCUAUAGCUUGGAAGAUAAUGGGUAUUCAAGGAAUCAUCCCUUCAUUAUGUACUUACAAGAUCAAUGUAGAGGACACAAGCAAACCAGUCGUCCACCCGCAACUACGUCUCAAUCUGAAUAUGGUGGAAGUGGUCAAAGUGGAGAUAAUCAAACUUCUUGAUUCAUGAAUCAUUUACCCUAUCUCUCAUAGCACGUGCAUGAGCCCAACCCAGGUAGUGCCCAAGAAAAGGGGGUAUGACGGUCGUCCUGAAUGAGAACAAUGAACUCAUUCCUACCUGGGCAGUCACAAGAUGGCGGGUUUGUAUUGAUUAUAGGAGACUAAGUGAGGUUACUAGAAAGGACCACUUCCCACUCUCAUUCCUUGAUCAAGUAUUGGAGCGACAUGCCGGUCAUGAUUACUACUGCUUCUUGGAUGGAAUGUCGGGCUAUUUCUAUAUUCCUUUAGCUCCCGAAGACCAAGAGAAGACUACCUUCACCUGUCCUAUCGGGAAAUUUGCUUACAGAAGGAUCCCAUUUGGUCUCUGCAAUGCUCCCGCAACAUUUCAACGCUGCAAGAUGACCAUUUUUAACAGGUUGGUCUGGGAUAUAAUGGAAGUCUUUAUGGAUGAUUUUUCUGUGUUUGGGGACUCUUUUGCUUUAUGUCUUCGAAAUUUGGAGAAGUUUUCAGAGCGAUGUGUAGAAACCCACCUAUCGCUCAAUUGGGAGAAAUGUCAUUUCAUGGUUAAAGAAGGAAUAGUGCUUGGCCACAAGAUAUUGAAGAAGGCUUUGAGGUAGAUGACACGCUAAAACUCAACACAAAACUACGAACAAGUGUAAACGUAGAAUGGAAAUGUUGAAUAGUGGUGGAGUUUAAUUUAUCAACCCGUGUUCUAGAUCUACUGCCUACUCCGUGAACUUCUAUUAUCUAGCAAACUAAGUGCAGUGAGAUGUUCAAAUGCAAAAUAAACAAAACGCAAGAAAUGUUCUGGGUUUUCAAGUAUUUCAAAGGUCAUCCAGGUAUGGUUACCACUAGUAUGCAGAUAGUUCAAAUUAUAUGUUCCCAAUUUGUUGUGAUUGAUAGAUACACUGCGGAAAGUUCUUGACAAGUCUGGAAUCUCGACUAAAGAAGACUAGACCCUCUUGGUUCGAAUACCCGGCGGGCGAUUAACCUCCACCAGCAUAAACUACCAAGGCAUUAACACACCAAACUUCCUCUACUUGUUUUAAUUCCAGUACAGAGCAGUGAAUUGACUUCUCGAUCAAAGCAGUCGAUUCACCACUUCCAAAUUAAGGUUGCUUUUUUAACCUAUGUAGAGACUAUCGUUCUAGGUUAAAGAAGGAAUCACACAGGUUUGAUCAAGACUCAUGCAAUUUUGAUAUAUGCCUCAAUUGAAUAUAUCAAAUCAAUAAUUCACAAACGGGGAUCAUACAACCAUUCCUAGCCUACAAAACUAGGGUUCUUCAUUCCCAUAUGAAAGGGGAGUUUACUCCAUGGAAAGGAGUAAAAAAAUUGUGCUAGAAGGAGAAAUUAUCAGGUGAACAAUGAAAUUCUGCUUCUGGC